CUUAUGGGAAAUCUCCCAUAAUGCUUGCUGGGGCUGAUGCAAAACAGCGUUUGAAGAAAAAUACUGAACUGAGCUGGUCUGGUCAAGUCAACCUAUAACUGUACAGUCUCAUUUAUUUUUUUACGAGUUAAACAUAACUGAUAUGGAAGAUAAGGAUGCAAGUGAGAGCAGAGUUGAAGACUCAAGCUUGACAUCAGAAAUUUACAAUCCAUGGGAAAAUGCAAAAGAAGCACUAAAAAAGUUGGAUAAUAACAAUGGCAAAGCUAAUGAAGUCUCUAAUCCGGAAUCGAAACAAAAUGGCUAUUUGUGUAAUAUGCGCCAGCAAAAUAUGUAUGGCCCCAUGGGUGGUGAUUGCUAUGGUUACCAAGCUAAUCCAUGGUGUCCAUAUCCAUCACCACCUAUGUACGGUUACCAAGGCCCAAAUGUCAAUCCCCACAGAUUUUCAUCACCAAAUUUUUACACAAGUAUGAUGCCAUACGGUCCAACGUAUGGAGCCCCUCUAAACAGAAUGUAUCAACAAGAUCCAAAUAAUUACCCUGGUUUUGAUCCUCAUAAUGUAUACAAUCUUAAUCUAUAUAACCACCAACUAGAACCUGAGUAUUUCACAAGAACUCCAGAUACUUACAAUGUACAAAGACAGGUUUCUAACACUCAUACAUCUUUCGAUGCUAAAAACCUAACAGAUAAUGGUAAAAACCAACAAGAUGACAAGGAGAACUUCAUUGAGGACCAGUCAAAAGGUGAUGAUCACCAACAACAUUUGGAACAGCCAAAAUCAUUUGCAGAUGCUGUAAAGAACAAUAAAUUAUGGAAGAAAAACGGGUCUGUUGGCAAAGAUAACUCAAUCUUUAAAAAGUCAACAGGGUUCAAGAACUUAACACCAGCUUUGUGGACCAGUGGUGGAUUCUCGACUAUCACUGAUACUAAUCCUAAAAAUAAGUCACCAGAAAGAGAUGGCAGCAAGGACAGAAAUGACGACGUUCUUGGUGCAAAAAGACAACGAGUUGCUAGCAAUCCAGCUGAGCCAAAGCGUAAGCAGAUAAAAGCAGAAAAUAUUGAAAAAUGCAAGGAGAAAGAGGCUGUUAAAAAAAAUAAAGAGUGGCCAGACUCUAUGAAAAAUUGGGUACGUCUAUCAUUUCAAGAAUGUGACAAUGAAAGAUCAAAGGAUAAAUUGGAGAAAAAACUACGCACUUUUAUCACACGGGUCCUCAAUGACGGGUCUGCUUGGACAAUAAAUUGGAGUUUAAAACCCUUGUUUUGUGUUUCAGAAAGAAGAAGGAGCACUUUAUCAUCGAGGAGGAUGCGGUCAAGAAGUAAAAGUUUUUCACCUCCAUCACGUGGAAAAAUAAUUAAUCGAAGCUCAUCUGAUUCUUCCGAUGAUGCGCCAACGAUAAAAAGCAGAGUUGGCAAAAAGGUGAACAAACGAAUGGAAAAGUUUCAUUUAGAAGAAGAUUUUAGAACGGAAGACGUGCUAGCCAACCAAAAGAAGCAAGACAGAGCUGCUCGCUUUCAAAAUACUCUUAAAAAAAAUACUAGUUACAGUUCAUUGCGUGGGUUAAGAGUUGAUUCUCCAAGUUUAAACGAUGAUCCAGAAGUAGGUGGUGUCGAUUAUCACAUUAAUGGUACAUCGCAAGAUAUAACUAAACCGUAUCUUCGCCUGACUUCAGCUCCUGAUCCAUCUACCGUUCGGCCAGAGAACGUAUUAGUGAAGUCGCUACAACAUGUAAAGCAGCGCUGGAAGGACAAACAUGACUAUCACUUUGCAUGUGAACAGUUGAAAUCGAUACGACAAGAUCUAACGGUUCAAGGUAUAAAAAAUGAAUUUUCGGUAAAGGUAUACGAGUGUCAUGCCAGAAUAGCACUGGAAAAGGGCGACCGUGAAGAGUUCAAUCAAUGUCAGACUAACUUGAAGUCACAAUAUAAACAGGGGAUUGUUGGAGAAGUAGCUGAAUUCACAGCUUAUAAUAUUUUGUAUUACAUUUACACUAAAAGCACUGCAGAUCUAAAUUCUUGCCUGGCCUCACUUACUAAAGAACUAAAGAAAGAUCCUGUUGUGCAACAUGCUUUAGCAAUACGUUCAGCUUGUGCAUUAUCUAAUUACCAUUUAUUUUUCAAGUUAUAUCUUUCGGCCCCUAAAAUGGCUGGAUAUCUGAUCGACCUUUUUAUAGAUAGGGAAAGAAGAGAAGCGUUCAAAAGAAUAGUGAAGUCAUAUCGUCCUGAUCUUACUAUCUCGUAUGUUGCAUCACAAUUAGCUUUCGAUGAAGAUAGCACGUGUCUUGCUUGGUUGCAAGAACUGAAUGUUACUUUUAAUGCAAAAGAUUCCAUCAAAAUAGAUUGCAAGGGGACUGUGCUCCCGUGACCUCAUAAAUGUUACGAGAUUCCCCCUUGUCUGUUAUGGUUCUGACGAAAAUUCGGUUUUAAUUCGUAAAAAAUCGUAAGAAAGUAUCUAGUGAAGAAAUUGUCUACACAAGAAAAAAUUAAAGCUCGUGCAAAAAUGAUUUAUCUUAAGAAUGAAACCAAGUAUGCUGAUACGUUACCCAUUCUGCACGUCCUAUUUCCGCUUGAGCCCUAAUUCUAAGGGCGCCGGUGGAAGUUUAUUUGCUGUGUUAAUUUAACAAGCAGCUAGUUAAUGGACUCUUUUUUUAAUUUCCGCCUUAAAAGUUUUUUAGCUGCUUCCUGUGAAGCGACCAGAUCCACCUCAAGCGAGCUAAGCUGAAUAUUAUUGUAUGCGGUACACUCGUAUUGGAGAAAUUUUCGUGGUGAGAAAACCCGUCGCCGGCGACUAUCUGAAUUUUACGGUGAUCAAAAUUCGACUGGUUUCAUGCACAUGUGCAGAACAAUUCAAACAAAGCAAAAUUGAACUGCUUGACGAUUUUAUUUUUCGGUUUGAUGUAUCUGUAGACAUAUGUUAGUAAAAAAAUCAAGAAUUAUACAAAAA